GCCACAGGUUCGCGUUUAAAAAACCCGGAAGACAUGUUUGUUUAUCACGGGAAAAGUGCAAGCAAGUCUCUUUCGGCUUUUUUUAUUCUGAGGAUCUCGUUAGCGAACUUAAGCAUGGGGAGCAAGUCGGUUUUGUCGACAAAAGACCAAGCUCUUAAAGGCAGAGAGGAGAAAAUGGUCGUGGCAGCGAAACAUGCAGCCACGGGGAAGCCCACAGUGGAGCCAUUUCCUGAUGGGACAGAGAUGAUCAUGUUUGGUAUGGGCUGUUUUUGGGGUGCAGAGAGACGCUUCUGGACUAUUCCUGGAGUGUUCUCUACUCAGGUGGGAUACGCAGGUGGAUUCACCCCCAACCCCACCUACAAGGAGGUGUGUUCAGGUCAGACGGGUCACACAGAGGUGGUGCGAGUGAUCUACACUCCUAAAGACGUAGGCCUGGGGAAACUGUUGAAGGUGUUCUGGGAGAGCCAUAACCCCACUCAAGGUAUGGCUCAGGGGAAUGAUAAAGGUACACAGUAUCGCUCUGCUAUCUAUACAUACAGUCCAGAACAACAGGAGCAAGCCAUGAAGAGUAAAGAGGCCUACCAGCAGGCUCUGAAGCAGAAAGGGUUGGGCGAGAUCACAACAGAAGUCAGGCAGAACCCUGGCUUCUACUACGCUGAGGAUUACCAUCAGCAGUACCUGCACAAGGUGCCUAAUGGUUACUGCGGGUUAAAGGGCACCGGGGUCUCCUGCCCUUUCAGCUCCAACAAGGACGAACUUUGACUGGGGAGCAUGUAUGCUAUUCUAACUCAGGUGUUUACUGCAUGUGAGAGUGUGUGUGUGAAGAUCAAUACAGGCUCGGAAUUAAUUAAAUACAGGGAAUAUAUAAUGUAUGAAUAAUUAUAUUUUUACAUGAAGCACAUUUGGAAUCACUGUAGUGUGCUCUAAACGAAUAAAGUCAAUGUGAAGGGAUGUUCCAGUGUUUUUCUAGCUGCUCUCUCUCUUUCUCUCUCUCUCUCUCUCUCUCUCUCUCUCACUAUCUAUCUUUAUCGAUCUAUUGAUCUAUGUAGCAUCUAUAGUGGGUUGUGGUUACCACACAACACAAUUUCAACAUUUGCCAGUACUGAGAACAGAACAGAAUAUUUCACAUGAUCGGAUUUUCACAUUUUCAGCUACACACUGUACACCUCUGGGUUGUUCUACAGGAUUUACCCUAGCUUACCCCUAAAAGUAGGAAAAAAGGGGGAAAAUGCAUAUAAAGAUUUAAUUUCUGUUCCAUUUACAGAAACCAAACUUGUAUUGCCUUUGUAAGUAAAUUGGGUUACAAAGUUUUCUAAUCUUCCAGUGGUAAAUAUGAGCAGAUGUCACUCAUGGCAUUUUUUAACAUCAUCCUCAUCCUCAUCUGUUCAGUCAAGUGAUCACUAUUCUUGUUGAUAUUAGUUUAGAAAUAAUCGCUUGAUUCAUUCAGGUGGUAUUCAUCGUAAUUUCACUGUAAUUUCAGUAAUGGCACAUAACUAUCCUAAAACCUGACUGUGAGGAAAUUAUUAUAAAAAUUGCAGGGUUUUAGACACCUGUUAAACAGCAAAGUUAGAAAGAAACUUUAAUACUAACAGGUCAGUGAAGUACAGGAGAGCUGACCAAGUAUGUGAUUGGCAGAAAAUUUUUGUUUUGUUCCAGUGGGUUUUAUCCAAAAUUCCUAUGUAGUAGUGUAUAUACACAGAUCAGGCAUAACAUUAUGACUACCUGUUUAAUAUUGUGACCCCCCGACCCAUCGAGGCAUGGACUCCACUAGAUACUAGAUGUGCUGUGGUAUCUGGCACCAAGAUGUUAGCAGCAGGGUUUAAAGGACACUUUGUUUAUAGAUAGUGACCACUGCAGACCGGGAACACCCCACAAGAGCUGCAGUUUUGGAGAUGCUCUGAUCCAGUGGUCUAGCCAUCACAAUUUGGCCCUUGGUCAAACUGGCUCCAAUCCUUGCGCUUGUCCAUUUUUCCUGCUUCUAACACAUCAACUUUGAGGACAAAAUGUUGACUUGCUGCCUAAUAUAUCCCAGCCACUGAUGAGUCUCAUUCACUUCACCGGUCAGUGGUCAUAAUGUUAUGGCUGAUCUGUGUAUAUUUGUAAUGCUUUACGUUAUAAAAUGAAUUCAUCACUACUACUAUAGCGCUCAAACUGUAAUGUCUUAUUAAAGCUGCUCGUAUGCAGGUUUCCAACAUUGAACAAAUAAAGUAAAUUCAUAUAUUAUUUACGCUUUAUGGUUUUAUGAUAUCCAUGUGCCAUCAUUUGAACAAACACAACCGUUUGGUCUUUCCUUUUGAGUCAACAUUUUGUCUAAAUAUUUGCUGACAUCCCUAACAAGCUCCACUUCUGUUUUAUAGACGUUUUCUGUUCUUUUCUUUUUCUUUUUUGUGGUAUUCCUCUGUGCACUAUGUCCCUGUGGUAAUCCUCUGUGCACUACACAUGCAGUAGAUAAGAGAGAAGGCUGAAAAACACUGAAGUAUUUCUUGUAACGUUGAACAGAUAUCUAAGAGGAAUUAAAUUCCCUGUAAUGUUAAGAAAGUGUGUGUGCCAUGAUGAACUGGAUUGUUUAGCUUACUUAAGUAUGCCAUCAUGUUAAUAAAUAUUGCGGAAUGGAUAUAUAAUACACUGAAGUGGAAAAUGUGGUGACUUUAUUUUUUAUUCUUAAUAAUAUUAUGUGAAAUAAUAGACCUGAUGUUCUUGGUGUUUGUUUUACUGUAUUUUCUCCUCGAACACACAUGAACCAAGUGGUCAGGUGUUUUAAAGCAUUAACAGCAUGCAUGGCUACAUUUUGCAUUCAAUUUCUCUGUUGUAUUUGCAGUGAAUAUUUAAGCAUGCAGCAUAAAAAAUGUGCCUUAAAACUGUGCAGACUCAGAAUAGUGUCUAAGCCUUCACAACCAGAAUACAUCUCUCGGCAUUACAUUUUAUUUAAGAUUAAAAAUGUUUAAUAAAUCU